GCAGAGGGUCUGGAGCGGAUAUUUGAAAUAAAUAUGAUUCUGAAUAGUAUUAAAUUUGAGAAUCUGGUCUGGUUCUGUUGUUUUCCCUUUGGAUGGGUCAUCACAGGUAGCACACUUGUCAUAGCAGUUGCCAACGGUCCAAUUUCACAUGCGCGCCGCUGAGAUAACUUCACCAAUAAAAAUAAACAAAGUCCAAAUAAGACAGUAACGUGUGUGAGGAAAAGUUUUCACACACCAAUUUUCAAACUUUAAUAUAUAAGCUUGGAGUGGAGAAACAUUCAACAUUGAACAUUGAAAGGUUCACUGAAAAUCAAGCAAAUGGGGAAUUGUUCCAUGAAGGGUACCACUGGAGAGUGUCACCAUACUAUUCGGGUUAUGAGUGACAGCGGAGCCAUUUUGCAGUUCAAAGCUCCCAAGACUGUGGCUCAAGUGCUUCAACAUUACCCUGGUUAUGGUAUUUUCCGCCAGGGUCAUGCUUCAGAACCUUUGCCAGAGCAAGAGAGGUUAAGCUAUGGUCUUUUCUAUUAUCUUCUUCCGUUGAAGGAGGGGCAAAAAAGUUGCUGUGACAAUGUUGGAGUUGAAGAAGGAGUGGGAGGUCUUCGAAGUAAGUCUGCAGCGUGUGAUUAUGUUGAGAAUUUGUCAAAUGGGUCGGCGCUUGAAGUGUUGCCAGCGGCUAAGAAUGGCGUGUGGAGAGUGAAGUUGGUGAUUGAGCAGAGGCAACUGGAGGAGAUUUUGUCAGAGCAGGUGAAUACUGAAGCUCUGAUUGAGAAGAUGAGGAUGGCUGCAAGUGGAUGCUCUACCACUAGUCCUUCAAGGAGUCCAACCAUGAGCACUUGGAAAGUGGGCUGGAAGACAACACUCUUUAGUGGGAAAAUUGCCAAAGACACUGCCAAUGCCACUGCAGGCUCUAAUUUGUAUCUGGGGUCUUGUUAGGGAAAGGGUUUCUAGAUACGAGUAUAAGCUAUGGAGAAAGCACUUAGGAAGUGUGUUAGGUUUUCCAUGACGAAUAGGUCCAUGAACUGCAUAUAUAUUUGGACAACCUGUCCAAAUUUUAAUGAAUGUAAGGAUUGUUAAAGAUUUUCCAGUUUGAUAGUAUUUCCAGAUUUCUGUUUCUGCAUCAUAGUUACCCCAAGAAUGGGUCACAAGACACCGAUUAAUCAUCUUCAGGACUAAAACACCAGAAACAGAGAGUUAUGUCACUGAUGUUUGAGUGAAUUUAAUGUUUUUUAAGGAAUCAGAUAGAUGUUAUGGAUUGCCCA